AUCUAAUCGAGUUCACUCGAUUGCUGAGUUUGAUUGUACAUAUUCAAUCAGUGUAAUUUUUAUCCCGCACUUGUGCAGACCUCUGCUACUCUUUUCCAAAUUAAGUUCUUGUACUCGUUGUGCUCCAUAUGGAAGAACAGUUUGUGAAUCCAUUUGAAAAUGACAGUACGAUACCGGAUGAAGUACAAGAAAAACUUGCAAAGGUGAUCGAAAGAUAUCAACAGUUGAACGAUGAGGAAAAGGAGGAAUUUCAAAAGGGCGCCUUUGAUGUAUUAACAAAGAAUCUACAAAAGUCGAGGAACACGAUUUUGCAUAUGUGGCUUGCAUCGUACCAAUCUUUCUUUCUAUUUAUUUUUGCUGUAUCGAUUGUGACAUUUCUGCUCGUUAUUGUUGCGCGCAGAUUAUAUUGGCGCACGAAAGAACGAGAACAACGUCAAGAAGAGAAGAGAAAGUUAAGACAACAGAAAGCAGAAAUGAAGAAAAAGAAAAAGAAGCAAACAUAACAUACGAUUAUUUGUGUUCAAUAAUGUUUUAAUAGAAAAAUUUCAUUGACGAAUAG